AUGGAGAACGGCUAUAAGCAAAGCAGAGGUUCCGCAGUGACGAUCACUCCCGUUGGGUUUGGCUCCAAAAACUUUACGACGAAAAAGAAAUCUCGUAAACUGGUGCCCAUUCUUUUUAUGGUCAUAGUCCCUUUGCUGAUUUGUUUCAUUCUCGUCAUGAUCUUCUUCUUCGCUGCAAAAAUCCCUCCACCAAAGCCCUACACAUCGCCAUGCCUCGGAUCAGAAGAAGCCAACCGCACUAACCUCACAAACGUGCUUAAAAAAAUUCAUCGACAGUAUUUCUUCGAACUUCAUCCUGAGAAGAUAUACCAGAUGGCACGAGUGAAACCCGAAGAUAUCCGAAUGUAUUUCCGGCCUUACGAUCCAGCCCCGAAUGCUACCAAAAACCGGACUGACGUGGCUAUGGAGCUACGCCGGGAGUUAAAUGCGUUGAAAUUUAAUAAAACUCUGCUGAAGCUAAGAGAGCGCAAGGCGGUACAUGUGGCAAAUACCAUAUUAGAGAAUAAUUUCGGAUGGUCUCCGUACUUUCAAGAUUACUACAACGGUGAUUGGCUGCUUGGACCCGACAUAUUCUGUUGGCAGCCUGUUUGUGACGUAUUUUAUCACUUAAAUCGGGUUUUUGAUCAUUUCAAGCCUCGAAACAUGACCGAACUUGAGAAGCUUAAGGAUCUGUUUGAGGGUUACAAUCGCACGUUCAAUCGGUACGUGGAGAACUGGAAGCUAGGAGCGCGAACAGGUUAUGUGAAAACCAACGAAGCUUGUAAAGCUGGUUUAUUCGUCAUCAAGUACCAAAAAUACCGUGCCUAUGCUCUGAAAAACGAGUCUGGUUAGUGCAAGCUAGUUACUUUUCUUUGUGUUUCCAUGACCAUCCGUGCUAAGGGUAGAUCUGGGUAAAUCUAUUAAGAUCGUAAACAGUUUUUUUAAAUCGCUUUUACAAUGAAGGUGCGUGACACACAACAGAACGGGGCUCCAAAUUAAGUGUGGCCUUGAGAGGGGCACUGUCAGAGUAAAUUGCCUUGCCCAAGAACACAAUGCAUUGUCCUGGCCAGGUCUCGAACCCAGGCCUCUCUAGCCGGAGUCCAGUGCACUGACCAUUACACCAAUGCGUCACCAAGUUUGGUGGCAAUGAGAUCGUAAUGAGGAACAAAACCAAGACAUUUUUCAAUUGAUGUGCAUUGGAUAAGUUUGCUCAGUUAGGGAGUAAAAGAAACAUUGAAGUGUGUUUGGAUGGGCAACCAAAAAAACCUCUCUAAUCGAUAAACGUCCCCCGUUCCCCGUCCCUUUUGAAUCGAAAAGACGAUCCCCUGGGUUAUUUUUUCCUUUGGUUUGUUUUCAUGGUGGUAAAAGCUUGAUUUCAAAGAAUAACCAGGAGUAUAUUUUAAAAUCUCGAUUGCAGCAAUCUAUGAUGAGCCAUUUGCGAAGAUUCUAUUGAACACUAGCUAUUUCGAGCAUCUGUCAAAGAGAGUCAACGAUAGUUGGAAGGAGGUAUUCUUGAUGAACGUGACUGAAUACUUUAGGUGGUCUCUGGUGCACAACAUCGCAAAAGCUGUUGUGCAUAUGUUGAGGUAAAGAUCCAAGCUUCAUGAUCAUUUCCUUUACUUCCUUGGUAUAUAACGGAUAGAUAAAUAUUUCGAAACACUGACGAGUGUAGAUCUAACGACACAUACACCAAAUCAACGAAAUGAAAAGAAUUGAUGAAACUUAGGCAGAGGACUUGGAAUUCAAAACAAUACCAACCGAUGAUUUUAACUCGUUGGCUCAUAUCUCACAAAGGACAGAGCAAGACUGUCCGUUUGUCCUCAACGAACAAGAACGUUCUCAAAAUUUAACGAUGGACAAAAACUCCCCUAUCCGGGGGAGGUUGCAAAAACAUCUGUCACGUAGCAUUUACUACAUAAAAUUUUCUUCACUGCAGUCCGAACCUAUAGAGCAGGCGUAUAAAUUUUGCUUUUUAUAUACGAGCGGGAUAAGUGCGAGGCUUCACUUUCAAUCUAUUUACUGUUAACCUUUUUUUUUAAGGUUCCUUGAGCACGAGUACUCGAAGAACUGCCCUUCGGAUGAGAACAUCAUUAGCGGUCUAGGAAAAGUACCUCUCCGUUUUCUGUAUUACGAUGACAUCGCAGACACAAGUCAGUUAGCAUUCCAUCGACUCCCCACUGGAGAGGAGCUGAGUGGACCAAAGACGUAUCAAACACUGAUGAAAUACUUUGCAACUCUUGACAUUUCACCUGCUGAUCUAAGGGAGAGAGCUUGGACGAGGUUGAAUGAGUUGUAUAAGCAGGUGAGGAACGUUUGAAAUGAGGAGUUGAGGAUAUCGAAGGAAAUAAUCAUUAGUUACCUGGAGGCGAUUUUUUUUGGGGGGGGGAGGAGGUCACACGUAUUCAUGAGAAACAGGGGAAGUAAGAGUGUAAAGGGGGACUGUGGAGAAUUGAGAGUGGGGAGUGGAGAGAGAGAGGAAUCAUGAGAAUAUUGCAGAGCCCUAUGAGGAGAUCAGGUAAAUUGUAAUGUGACAUAACCAAAAUCCUUCGAUUCCCGCCCCCCUCCCCUCAGGCGAAAAAUAUACCUGCGCUCACAAGAAAUGAAAAUUUUGUGUACUGUUUAUCAAUAUAACAAAACACAUGUCAUGGGAAAACCGUGGCAUUGGUUUGAUAAACGGUCUUGCAAAACAUAGAUUUCCUUCUAACUUCACAGUUUGUACAUCUUGAAUCUUGAAAUAUGGAACCUUCUCUUAAGUUUUCCAUUCGCAAUUAGUAUGAUUUUUUUCAGUUGUCACCCGGCCUUCCCCGCUCUUUGCUAUUUUAUUUUGAAUCAGUUUGCAUAUACAUACAUUGCGCGGAGUCAUUUAACGAGUAGAUAACACAAAAAAUCCGAAUUGAUGGCAACUGCAGUAAACUUACCGAAAGGACCUUGAUCUUUAUGUUAUUAGCCUGAAACCUAUUGGAGGUGUCUUCGAAGUUUGAAGUGGAAUGUAAAGUAUCCAACUUAAUAAAUGCUUUUAUUGCAAUGAUAACUUUGAUAACUAUGAAGAUGUCUCUAAGGACAGAAAGUAACUUAAGAAAUCCUUUUAAAUUUCCAAAGGCUGUUGAUGUGGCCAAAAGGUAUACUGGUGAAGAGGACAAUAGGACAGCCAUCACCGCCUUCAAAGCCGUGUUACGCCAUUCCAACAUGUCGUUUAACAAUAAACCGUUUCCUGCCAAUGAGAGUGACGAAAAUGCCUACAUAAAAUGUUAUGACGACAAGAGCGCACAGGGGUAUUGUCCUGAGCGGUGGAAAGCAAUGCAGAAGUGGAUUGAAAACACUGUUGAAGUAAGCGUAAUUUCCAAGAUAAAAUCUUCUACCAUUUUUGUCAGGAUGAGUAGCGCUAAUUUAUAAAAAGUGUAUAACUUCUUUGUUUAUCAUAACAGACGAUGAAAAACAAUAUUGGCCCAGUCUACAAACCACUAUUUUAUCGCAGUGGUCCUAAAAACACAGUUCCUGUCUGUCCAGUGGAUGUUAUAUCUUGGUUUCAUCCGCAUGUCCGCUUUCACGGAUAUGUGCCAGGCUCUAAAGACUGCAAGGUUAAAGCUACGCAAGGUUUGCCGUUUUUCGCGGACAAUUUUGGCCCAAAAUGGACAGAAUUUACGACCACAGCCCAUGAACAACUCCCUGGACACCAUUUAGAGGUAGGGGCUUUUCAGCGAAGUCCAACAAAUUGAUUAAAUUUUUCAAAGGGCGAGAAUAUGGUAGGAGCACUCGCCUUCCGAGAGGAAGGCAGGAGGGGGGGAUCCGACGUCGCCAACAGAGUAUGAAGGGAGAAUAUUGAAAACCGAAAAAGGAAUACUGCAGAGCCUUAAGGGGUGGAUCAGGUAAAUUUUAUUGUCACUGCACCAAAAUCCUCUAACGCCACUCCCCCCCCGGCGAUAAAUCAAGCCCAGUCCCCAAGACCUCAUCACGUCUUAGAAGUCGAUCUUCUGUUUUCUCUUUUCUUGUAUCACUGAAAAUGCACUGGUAUGGUAGGGAGAAUUCCUGUUUCUGGUCAAUCUAACAAUCGCCCUUUAUAUCUGUGUAGGUGCAUAGUUACAUAGAGUAUUUUGAAGACAGCUGCAACGAUCCGAUUCACUGGCUGGAGAAAGCAAAUCUUUUCCCAGGGUUCACUGAGGGCUGGACAACCUACGUGGAGUAUCAACUGCUGCCACAAGACACGAACCUCUACUCAGACAAUCAAGACAAAGAAAUAUUGCUGCAAAGAUACGGCAUGAUUUACUAUCAGGUAUAAAAAAAAUCCCGUUCCAAGUUUGAGUGACGACUGAUCUCUACUGUCAGUGUACCAAAUUGGGAACGGUUGUCGCAAAACGGAAAUUAUUACAUACAUACUGAGAUUUACACAGUGAAGCACUAUCGUUCGUGUCUCUGAUUGGACAUUUAUUGUAACAGUCGUCUGCUUCCGGUCUUUGAAAUGUGCCGGUCAGUAAGAAAAAAUAUGAGUAUGUAUGACAUUAAAACAUCAUACAAUGGACUAUGGAAAGUGCUUGAACGAUUUUCAUUCACUCGUUACGAUGUAUCAAAAACCUAUCUCGUUUGCUAGCUUUUUUGAUGCAUCGCAACUCGUGAAUAUAAUCAUUCGUGCGCACUUCCCAUAGAGUAAUCUUUAUUUAAGAGUUGGACUAUUUUGUGAAUUAUAGGGCCCGUGAAUGAAUAACGUUUGGAUAUAACUUCAAUGUUCUCUUUUCAUCACAGCUGUUAGCCGCUCUUCGUGCCAUCGUGGAUAUUGAUCUGAAUUUUAAUCAAACGCCAGAGAUAACCGUGCUGGAUAUGUAUAAUGAAUACGUGUGGGAAGACAAUACUGACCUGGCAAAGAAAGACGUCCUGCGCUCGCAAAGCGUACCGGGAUUUGUCACAAGCUACAUAAUUGGCCAAAUGGAAAUUUCCCGCGUCAGAAGCAUUGCCGAGAGGGAACUGGGGCGAAAUUUUAAUUUAGAGGAGUUCCAUUACGAGCUGCUUCGACAGGGGGAGUUCCCCCUGAGGUAUCUCGAAGAACACAUACGUGAUUAUAUCACAUGCAAAAAGGACCCUACAAUAGAGGGAUGUAAAGAGUUUUGAGGCAUAAAUUUAAUAGUUUUUGAAAGUCGAUUGUGCGAAAGCAAUAUGCAUUCUUUGCUGGACUGUGCGAUUACGAAAUACAGAAUCGCUACAAAUCACCAAAAAGGCUGGGAGUGAAAUUAGCUACCGCUUGCGGUGAAAUCUUUGACGCUACACGAAAUUUCUCAGUGCCUAAUUAUCUUUAUCACCACAUACAGCAAAACUACAUGUGUUUUCACCACCUAUGACAUAGCCCCCACUAUAUUUCAUUUGCUCUUCCCUACGUAUAACACUAUAAGAAACAAUUUGAUCGUGUCUCCAAAAUCUCUAGCUCGCAUUGUGCACAACAGAUUUCAACACGUUUCCGCAAUUUUAAUGACAUGAUACGCCAUGUUUUCCUUUCUCCUUCUUUAACCCUUUUAUUCCCUAAACUGACCAACAUCUAAUUUCUCCUGAGAAUCACAGCUGAAUCAAACAUUAAGGACAUGAGAAUAAAGGAAAUUAUCACAGAUCUAGAUUGUUUUGCAAAUUCUCUUUGUCAGUGCUAUAGCAAAUGUAUAGAGAACGGUAUGGAGAAUAUGCACACUGAUGCUAGGAUGUGAAGGGUUAAUCUUAAGAGUUGAUCCGUUUCUACGUUGUUUCCAUCUGCAACAUAGCGCACCUUGAAAACACCAUUUGUAAAAUUCAUGGCAACAAUUUCACCUGUUUCCAACUAUGAGUAACAUGUCUCGCGAAAACAUUGAAACAUUGGCACAAAAAUUUCAGCUAUUUCCAACAGCCACAGAACAAUUCUUAUUGUGUUCCGGCCUCUAAGAGAACUGUUACUAUUUUGGUCAAUCCGCUAUCUAUAAUUCUAUAGCUUAAUGGAAGUUUUCGUAUAUAGCUUUUUUUAAAAUUUUUGACGGGAUAUCAUAGUUUCAAAGAGAGCCAUUUAAUCACUACAAUGAUUAAUAAAAUUGUAUUUCACGUCGAU